AUGCUAAGGAAGCAAACUCGCUCAAUCGUGGACAGCCUUACUGCUUCUAGGCACAUUAUUCUUCGGAGAUUGUGUCAAGAAGACAAGCCACAUACUCUUGGAAGAGAAACUGUGCAAUACAAAAGCACCGAUCAGGACAAGCAACAUCAAACGUCACUGAUUAAGGAGACUGACACAGCAGUGGAGAGCCAAGCAGAUGAAGAACAACUUCAAAGCGAUUCGGCUGGAAGGAAGAUCUCAACACCUACAGCACCGACAAGCCAUCUAAAGUUACAACAUCGGAUGUGCCUCGUCGCAACAUCAUUAGCUGAAGGAAGGUCGAGGACGAUUCUUCAACAUCGACAAGCAGUCUACGUCUUAAACAGCUGCAGGACGCUCAAGACAAGUCGAGUUGCAAGAAGACAAGCCAAAUCAAAUCUUCUUCUAGCUUACUGGAGGUUUGGAUUGAUGAUGACGCCUAGUGAGAAAGGCUAA